AUGAAAACUAAAUCCCGAGUCUCUAUUCAAUCAAUGCCAUCAAUUAAGAGUCUCAGGGAGUUGUUAAUGAGCGAUGCAAUGAGCUAUUAUACAGAAGCGACAGAAAAUAAUCAAUACGUUAGUCAAUUAAGAGAAGUAACAAGAGAAUUAGCGAACAAAUCUGCAUUAUACACAGGUUUGAAGAAGGAAUACCUUUGCAGGUCAGGAACUCUUGAAAUGCUAAAAAAGCAAAAAUCUGAAAAAAAUAAUUUCACAGACGAAGAACUCCAAACUAAACAAAGUUAUGUCCAGCAAUUAAAAGAGAUUAAUAAAAAGCUUUCACAACAAAUUGAUGACGCUCAAGAAGAGCUUAAAGGUUUAUUCAAUCAAAUUUCUACAUUAAAGUAUAGUUCGAGCCAAAUCAGAGAAGAUAGUGAAUAUACUAAUGUUUUAAUCCAAAUUAACGAACUUCAAUCUAAAAAUACGGCUAAAAAACAAAAAAUCGAAUUAUUAGAAAAAACGAGACAAGAAAAGCAGAAUACUAUCUCAAUUCUUCAAUCCCAGAAGUGUGACCUUAUUAAAUCGCAAGAAGAACUUUUAGCAGAGCAAAAACAAAUCGAAGAUCAAAUUACUUCCGCUCUUAAAGAUCUAGGGUUAUCAGUUUUGGAUACUACUAUUGAUAAAGAGCGUGUUGAUUUCAUCAGUAAGGCUGCAGAAGAUAACAGAAAGAUUGUUUCGGAACUUGAGCCAAUAAUUGAGAGAUCCAUCAACAUUGAAGAGUGCGAAAAGAAAGCUGCUGCUAUUACAUCAGCAAAUGGCCAUAGAAAAGAUACAAACCAAGAAUACAUUGUCAAAAUUGAUAUCCAAAAUACGAAAAAGAAAGGGUAUAUUCAAAAUACUCAGCCAUUACGUACACCUUCUUCUCCACCUCGUAUGAAAUCCUCUACUAAAUCUACUGCUUCAGUUUUCAUUCAACGAAUCAAAGAAAGAUUUGAUCGUAGAAUAAAGGCUGUCGAGAAAAUGAACAAAGAGACACAACUUUUGGCUGCUAAAUAUGAAAACCAAGCAGGUCCAAUCCAACAAAAAUACGAAGAAAAACAGAAACUUUUAGAUGAUCUCCAGAACCAAUUAGAUACGGCCAAGAAUGCCCGUGAUGAGCUUAACGCGACAUUAAAGACACUUAGCGGACUCAAGGAUGAAGAAAGAGAGACUUUAAUGCAGGUAAAUACUGCAAUCAGGUCAGCAACUAACGCUUAUGCUGAAAGAAGUAGAAUAAAGGCCAUGAAGGCUGAAGCCCAAGAGAUAAGAGAAGAAGCAGAGAGGAUGAAAGCAGAAAAUGACAUAAAAGAAGCUGCAAUUAAGAAGAAAUCUGAAGAAUUAGGUGAAGUUGAGGUUGAAUUCAGGAGAGACCAACUCAUGGCCCAAAAAGAAGAAGAUAUUCUCAAACAAUUGAACUCUGAUAUCCAGGAAUUCUUAAAUCAAGGUAAUGAAGAGGAGGAAGAAACAAUAACGGAAAUUAUUCCUCCAUCUUCUCAAUAA